AUGGGUAAGAUCUCCUCACAAGAAAGUACAGAAAAAGAAGAAAAAGAGCCUAAGAUAGAGCUCUUAAGAACUUCAGUAUUUAACAACCUUGUAAAGAGAUGGAUUUUCCCUCCCCACCAGGCUGAUUUGAACACCAACUUUUCUGAUAUUUACCACUCUAAUGAAGAGUAUUUCAGGAAACUAGAAGAGCUGAAGGCUGCCCAUAUAGAAACUAUGGCAAAAUUAGAGAAAAUGUACCAGAAUAAAUUAAAUUUAAAGGAAGUUCAGCCAGUGGUCAUCAGGGAAGACUCUCCUAGUGUUUCUUCCAGAUCUGUAUCAGAAAAGAACUCUCAUCCUGUCUCCUUAAUAUCAUUUUCGGAGCCUGACUUAGGCCAGUUUUCCUCUUCAGAAGAAGAAUUGCCCAACUUAGAAAAUGGGUGUCCCAGAAAAAACAGAAUUAUGACCUAUGCUAAGGAGCUGAUUAACAACAUGUGGACAAACUUUUGUGUGGAAGAUUAUAUUCAGUGUGACAAUACUGUCUUCCGAGCAGUUGAAAAACCAAAGAAGAAACCAAAAGAAUGGGUGCCAACAAUUACAAUACCUAAACCUUUUCAAAUGAUGAUUAGAGAACAGAAGAAAAGAUAAGAGACCAUGAAAUCUAAAUCAGAUAUUGAAAUGAUAGAGAAACUGCAGAGAAAAGAAGAAGAUGAUUUAGAGUGUAAGAAGAAAUUCCGAGCUAAUCCAGUCCCUGAAUGUGUCUUACUCCCUCUUUAUCAUGACAUGGUCAAGCAAAAUGAAGAACGGAGGAAGAAUAUGAAGGAGAAAAACAAACAAGCUCUUUUGGCCUUACAAAAGCCAUUUAAAUUUAUUGCAAGGGAGGAACAGAAGCGGGCAGCCCAGGAAAAGCAGCUGAGAGACUUUUUGAAGUCUAAAAAGAAAACAAAUCGAUUUAAAGCCAGACCUAUACCUCGAUCUACUUAUAGUUCAACUAUCAGUGACAAGUUAAAAGAGGAAGAGCUCUAUAGAAACAUUAGGACACAACUGAAAGCCCAAGAGCGUUCACAGAAUUCCUCCCCUCUAUCUCAUAGGCCAGCUUUCAGGUGUUUCAGGAAUCCCAAGUACUCUGAACAGGCUGAAAAGAUGAAGUGUAAACACAAGGUUAGGUGCCAAACUCCUGAUUGUAAAGACCUUCCUGAGAGAUACCAGAAACACCUCUCAGAACACACAUGUCCAAAACUCUUGACAGUCUGUAAACCAUUUAAUCUUCAUGAAUCUUCACGUGCAUCUACUAAAAGAGAGAAAAUUUUGGCAGACAUUAAAGCAGAUGAAAAUAAUUUAAAAGAAACACGUUGGCCUUUUUUGUCUCCAAGGCAUAGUAAAUCACCAGUAAAGUGUGCAAGUGCAAAGCCCAUGCCUUGUAGCUCCAACCUUCCUGUGCCCACAGUAUCUUCCAGAGGACGAGAACAAGCCAUAAGGAGAUCACUUGAGGAAAAGAAAAUGUUGGAAGAAGAAAGAAAUCGGAUCCUUACUAAACAGAAGCAAAGAACAAAAGAAUUGCAGAAACUCCUGACAACCCGGGCUAAGGCUUAUGACUCACAUCAAAGUUUAGCUCAGAUGUCUAAGUCCAGAGUAAAAUAUCUCAGAAAGAGUGAAAAGGAAAGGAUAAGAGAAUACCGGCGAGAACUAGAAGAAAGAGAAGAAAAAUUAAAAAUGAGGCCACUACUAUUUGAAAGAGUUGCUCAGAAAAAUGCAAGAAUGGCAGCAGAAAAGCAUUAUUUUAACACCUUAAAAGCACUAGGAAUAUCUGAUGAGUUUGUUUCAAAGAAAGGCCAAAGUGGAAAAGUAUUUGAGUACUUCAGCAAUCAAGAGACGAAAAGUUUCACUGAAGAUAAAGAAAGCUUUAAUGAAGAAGAAAAAAUAGAAGAAGGAGAGAAUGAGGAAGAAAAUUAUAUUAUUGAUACUAACAGCCAGAAUUCUUACAAGGAAAAAGAUGAACCUGAUGAUGAAAGUGGAGAAGAGAAAUCUGUUGAAGACUAAAACUGAAUCAGCAAGG